AUGGACGGCCCCGACCAAAUCGGUCCUGACCAUGGACCGCGAAAAACUGUUGGCGACAAGUUUCGUCGUUUCGUCAAGGCUUUUACUACGAAAGAGGGCCUCAUCGGCAGCUACGAUUAUGCAUACCUCUUUACCCCGCGUCUCCCAUUCACGAAACGCGAGCGCAAGUCCACUCCUUUCUUCGGGCUGGAGGAUCGCAUGCCAAUUCUGUUGGCCCUGAUUCUGGGUCUUCAACAUGCUCUUUCUAUGCUGGCUGGUGUCAUUUCACCACCCAUUAUCCUCGGUGGAUCCUCCGGUGUCAACUUUGGCGAUGAGAUCUAUCAAUACCUCGUGUCAACCUCCUUGAUCGUUUCAGGCCUUUUGAGUGCAAUGCAAAUGGCCCGUUUCCAUGUCUACGGCACCAAGUACUACAUCGGUACAGGACUGCUGUCCGUGGUCGGAACAUCCUUCUCCACCAUCACAGUCGCCUCCGGCGCCUUCACCCAAAUGUACAAAUCGGGCUACUGCCCUCUCGACGCAGACGGAAACCGACUCGCGUGCCCUAAAGGAUACGGCGCUCUCCUGGGAACAUCCUGUCUCUGCGCACUCCUCGAAAUCGGCCUCUCCUUCAUGAGCAGCCGCAUCCUCGCACGCGUCUUCCCCCCAAUGGUCACCGGCCCAACAGUCCUCCUGAUCGGCGCCUCGCUCAUCAAAACCGGUAUGCAAGACUGGGGCGGUGGUUCCUCCUGCGUUCCCGAUUCCUCGAGUUCAGUUCGGCCCAUGUGCCCGAGCGCUACUGCCCCGCACGCACUGCCAUGGGGUAGUCCCGAGUUCAUCGGAUUGGGUUUCCUCGUCUUUGUGACUAUCAUUCUGUGUGAGCGCUUUGGCCCGCCUAUUCUGAAGAGCUGCGCCGUUGUCGUGGGUCUGCUGGUUGGAUCUAUCGUUGCGGCAGCUUGCAACUACUUCGAAACGUCGGGUAUCACUUCUGCGCCCGUUGCUUCCUUCGCAUGGGUACAUACCUUCCCAUUGUCCAUCUACCCACCCCUCAUCCUCCCAUUACUAGCAUUGUACCUGGUCAUCAUGAUGGAGUCCAUCGGUGAUAUCACCGCAACCUGCGACGUCUCCCGCCUAGCAGUCGAGGGACCAACCUUCGACUCGCGCAUCCAGGGCGGCGUCCUCGGCAACGGUAUCACCUGCCUGGUAGCCGGCCUGAUGACAAUCAGUCCCAUGUCCGUCUUCGCCCAGAACAACGGCGUCAUCGCCCUGACCAAGUGCGCCAACCGCACGGCCGGUUUCUGCUGCUGCUUCUUCCUGGUUAUCAUGGGCAUAUUCUCCAAAUUCGCCGCUGCGCUGGUCGCAAUUCCCUCCGCCGUACUGGGCGGCAUGACAACCUUCCUCUUCAGCAGUGUCGCUAUCUCCGGUAUCCGGAUUAUCUCGACGAUUGAUUUCACGCGUCGCAACCGGUUCAUUCUCACUGCGACUUUCUCGCUGGGUAUGGGUAUUACGCUUGUGCCUGAUUGGUGGUCGUACGUGUUUUCCUACAGUGGAGAUAACCAUUCGUUGGAGGGAUUGUUGAAUGCUGUCGAUCUGGUGAUGGAGAAUGGAUUUGCGGUUUGCGCUAUUAUGGGCGUGUUCUUGAACUUGGUUAUCCCCGAGGAGCCGGAUGAGGUUCCUGCGGUUUAUAACGCGGCUGAGUCUGAGGAUGGUCAGACUCAGACUGUUACUCCGGAGCAGGGCUCUACGGGGAAGAGGGAGUAG